AUGACUCCCUCAAGUGUGCCAGAUGAGCUGGAGGGCUUAACUCAAAUUGAAGAGAUGCUAAUUGCCAGAGCACUUCCCAUAAUGCGAGUUUAUGUAAAACCUGGUGGUCAAAGAGGAUAUAUUGGACAUUGUAUAAAUUUGCCCCAAAAAGUGUCAGAGCUUGCUAAUUCUCUUCCUCGUAUUCCUUCUGACAUCCCAAUUGUAGUUGUUACCAUGAAAGGGAAGGACCAUGCUAUAAAAGAUGUUUUAGUUAGGAGGCAUAAAGUUGAGCAAGCAUUAUAUUGGUUAUUAAAACAUAAUCCACAAUACAGAUGUGUAACUAUUGAUUCAAAUGCAUUAGAAUCAUUACCAAGUAAUGGUAUUCCUUCUAACAUACCAACAAUAGAAACACUAGACGACCCAGAUGCAGUUGAUGAUCAGGAAACAGAUACAAUUUUAACUGGAGAGGAAGUAGUUAACUGUGAUAAAGAAACAAAUAGCUUUCUCCCACUCUCUAAAAAUGACUGUUUAGAAAAGGAAGCAAUAAAAAGAACUGUUAAUAACUCUAAAAUAAAUUGGCCUUCAAUUGAUGAUCAGCUAUUAAGUGAGUAUAAAACACCAUUUCUUGCCACACUUGCUUUUCCUACACUUUUUCCAGAUGGAAAUGGUGAUCCAACUAAUCCAUGUUUGCAAAGAGACAUACCUUUUAGUAAUCGAAUUCAACAUCUUUUGAAAUAUUCUGAAUAUGUUGAUGGUACCUGGCUAUACAGGUUCUCUUCUCACCCCAGGUUUUCAUAUUGGGCCCUAAAUAUGAUUCAAAGAAAACGUGCUAUUCAACAAACUUCCAUUUUCCUCAAACAAAAUCCUGAUCAGUCUCACCUUACAGUGGAAGAAUUGCAAGAAAUGGCUAGUAAUAACAAUUCAUCAACUUUUAUGUCAAAACUUUCUAGAUAUGUAGCAAAUGUCACUAGCAGUUCUGCAUAUUGGUUUAAAGUUAAGGAGGAUUUAAAGGCAAUCAUUGUAGAAAAAGGUUCCCCAACAAUAUUUUUCACAUUAUCAUCUGCAGGUCUUUACUGGCCUGAGUUGCACUCCCUUUUUUCUUCAAAUGUUGACAAUCUAAGUAGAGAGGACAAACGGAAGAAUGUCAUUGACAAUCCUCAUUUAGUUGACUAA